AUGGCCCGAUCUCUUUGGAAAGGUCCGUUCUUGGACCAAUUUGUAUUAAAAAAGCUUUUAUCUGCUGAUGCACCCGCGCCAAUUAAAAUUUGGUCGCGGCGUUCUUAUAUUUUGCCUCAAUUUGUCGAACAAACAUUUGCUAUUUAUACGGGAAAGUCUUUCCUUUCUGUUAAAAUUACAGAGGAAAUGAUUGGCCAUAAAUUUGGCGAAUUUGCGAGCACUCGAAAAAAACCUGUGCAUAAGAAAAAAGAGAAAAAAAAAUAA